AUGCCCCAUGUGAGGAAAAGGGAAUAUCAAGUACCUGAUAAAGAAUAUGAACUACAAUAUGUCGAGGUCAUCCAAAGACAUCAUAAGAGAACUCCUUAUGCCUCUAAUACCUUUUUCAAGGAGGAUAUAACUUGGGACUGUUCAAGAGAGGGACCGUACCACCAUGCGAAGAAUGAGAACCCCGAGAACACUUCUGGUGUAGUCUGGCAGAGACAAACCGGUUCACAAAACCCGUUCGAAGCUACGGUAGGACCUGGUUUCGUUGGAUCGACCUGUGAAUUCCCUUCUAUCACAUCCGAAGGUAUCGACGACGCGAUGGUCCAUGGACAAGACAUUCGAGGCGUCUAUGGCGAUUUAUUGGGAUUCUUACCUGAAUCGCACGAGAAAGAUAAAUACGCCUUUAGGGUUACCAGUAAUGUCAUCACUUCUCAAACUUUGGGCGGAUUUGGUAGAGGUCUAUAUCCCGAUCUCCAAGAACAUACUGGGUUGGUCCAAGAUGAUUCGUAUGAUUCACUCAAGCCUGGUGUCCCUUGCGAUCUCAGAGAUACUAUCAACAGUCAAAUCACCGACCUCUCCGAUGAAUGGGGUAAACACCUCAAUUCGACUUCGGAUUUGAGGGAGAGGUUCAAUAACGUAUCGGGUAUCGAACCUGAUGAUACCGCAGGAUGGAAGACAAGCUGGGAUCAUCCAUACGAUAACCUAUCAGCUAAACAAUGCCAUGGUAAGCCGCUACCAUGCUCGACCAACAAUACAGCGAUCUGCGUCCAACAGGAAGAUGCGAAUACGAUUUACCGAUUGGGGAACUACGAGUACGCUUACAGAUGGAGGAUGCACGAGAAUUCGACUUAUUACAGUGCGAUCACUAUGGGUGCGUGGUUCGUGGAGCUGCAGGAUCAUUUCAAAGGGAAGAUGGAUGGGUCGAACCCUGUUAAGUAUUUCCAUAAUUUCGCUCAUGACGGUUCGGUUGCUCCUGUCCUUGGUCUACUCCAACAUGAUGAGCCCGUCUGGCCAGGUAUGGGUACCGAAGUGGUCUUCGAAUUAUACAAGAAAUCCGAGGAGUACUUUGUCAGAGUAUUGUUCUCGGGUCAACCGUUGAAAUCUUCCACUCCAUUUGGUGUGAUGGAUAUGGUCCCCUGGGAAGAUUUCCAAGGGUAUCUGAAAGAUACUAUUCCUGAGGAUCUUACUGAAUUGUGCAAUGCCAGUAACGAAUAG